GAUGGAAGAGUGGAUGUUGUCCAGGCUGGAGUAUAGCAGAUGAUGGUCGCUUGGCUUCCAAAAUAACAAGUGACUUGGAGGUCCUCCACUCAGAUGGACCACUACUCAGAGCUGGCUCUUCUGUUUUAUUUAAGGUGGUGUGUGGAGGUGUAGGUUGCAGUGAUGAAGGUCUUGGUCUCUGCUGCCAGCCAGUCACAGGCCCAGAGCAGCUCCUCUUACCUGGUGCACUUUUCCUUAGUGCACAAGGUUGUGUGUUCUUGGAUGGUGUGAGUCGUGUUACUCGAUUACCAGCCAUUCAGGACAAGUCACAGGUCAGCUUUGCUGUGGAGAAAGUGUCUUCAACUAAAUUCAGAGUAUACAUUGAGAGCCAAGAAAAGCAGGUGACUUAUGAAUGGGGUGUUCCUAGUGCACAAGAAGGUUUGUGGUUUGUCGGAACAUUUGGUGAGGCACGAUGGAAAAUAAGUGUCCAUUAAUUCUCAGAGCGCGUUAUGGGUUAUCCGGAAAAAUGACUCCCCACGUUCUGUUGUACUUCACAUACUACAUGGUUAUGUCAAAUUUCUAGCAAGUGCAUAGACAUGUUUUUACUAGGUCCUUGGGCAGGGCAACGAACACUGAGAUUCAGCCACUCGAUUUGCUAUUCAAAAUCUACUAGUCUCUGACAGGGAAGUCCCUUUUUCAGACUUAUCGCCCUUGUGGCUUAGCGCUUCUUUUUGAUUAUAAUAAUAAUAAUUCAGACUUAUCAGUAAUGUCCCAAAGACUCCGAAACCAAUAGCAACAGUGCUGAUCUGCAUUAGAGAACAAAUUGUUUUCAACUGAACCACAAUAAGGCUCCUGGCCAUCUUCCCAUUGCUGUCAGACAUAAGAAACUGUGCUCACAUGUUUCUGAAUUGGCUGACAUGACUUCUACACUGAUGGCAUACAGAAGAUGCUUGGCACCUUUCUGUGAGAACUGUCAGGUAGUCCUAACAACUCAUUGUAUUUUAAUAGACUGUCCUAUCAGAGAACACACACACACAUAUCUUCAGUGCCCUGGCUUGUUUAAACUGCCUUCUCACCAAAAAUCCCACCUGUGACACACUUUUAAUAGUAACUAACACAUUGCACCAACUAGGAUGCAGAUUUUACACAUUCAUUUAAUCCUUAACUCCACAGCUUAGACCACCUUUGUGCUUUAUGGCCCAUACAGGUUUGGCACUUGUUUUUUAAUUUAAUAAUUUAUCCAGCAUGGGACUGAUAUAGGCUGUUGGUGAGAGAGAAUGUAAUUACAAAUUUUCACCAUUAGCUAUCAAUGUAUGUGUAGCAUUCAUUAUUUUUAUACUUUAUACUUUGUUAUAAAUUAAUGUUGUUCUUGCACAUUAAUAGUUCACUUGUAAAACUGCCUAGUUUGCCUUCACACAUAAAGCUUAUUUAAACUUGGAUACUAAAUAACGAUUGUAAAUAUUGGUAGAAUUAUCUUUUGUACAAGAGUCUGGUAUUGCAUGUAUGCUCCAGUAAAAUUUUGUCAACUCAGGAAUGAUUCUCUCAUCAAAUGUCUGGUAUUUUCAAUAUUUUAGUGCUUAGUAUUGUAUGCUUUGUUUACUGCCAAUAACAUGUACUAGUAUGCACAUAAUGUGCUCAUAGCUGAUAAUGUAUUAUUAAAUAAAUAGCCUUUAUAUUGUUGAUAUAUUCUACUUGUUAAUUUGUGGUACAAACUUGCACAAUACAUUUAUGCUUCAAGAUUUGCUUCAUGGACAAAGAAUGCCACUUAAGCUUAUGUUCUGCAGUUGAAAAGAGAAAAAAUUAUCACUCUGGUUUACAGAGGCGAGUUAAAAUAGAUAAAAGUGUGCAUUUAGUUCAACACAAUACUUGAUCCCCAGAAGACAUUGUAACUUGUUGUUGCAAGUGCUCAUUCUGUGUAUAUAUUAUAAAGUGAUGAUCUUGUGCCAUGCCAAAAUAUUGUCUCCUUUAAAUACUUUUCAGAAAAUGAAUUAUGUAAUUUAAAAGUAAUUUAAUAAGAACAACUCACUCAAAACAAUAAUAUUACUUGAUAUUAAUAACUACUUGGA